AUGUGGGUUGGGAAGACCUCCUUGAUGAAUCAAUAUGUCAAUAAAAAGUUCAGCAACCAGUACAAGGCGACCAUUGGGGCCGAUUUCUUGACUAAGGAAGUUCAAUUUGAGGACCGGCUUUUCACUUUACAGAUAUGGGACACGGCUGGUCAGGAAAGGUUCCAGAGCCUUGGCGUAGCGUUUUAUCGCGGUGCUGAUUGCUGCGUGCUUGUGUAUGAUGUCAACUCCGCGAAAUCAUUUGAGGAUCUCAACAACUGGAGGGAAGAGUUUCUGAUUCAGGCAAGUCCUUCGGAUCCUGAGAACUUUCCCUUUGUUGUCAUCGGUAAUAAGAUCGAUGUUGAUGGUGGAAACAGUCGGGUGGUUUCAGAGAAGAAGGCUCGAGCUUGGUGUGCUUCGAAAGGAAACAUUCCCUACUAUGAAACCUCUGCUAAAGAAGGCACCAAUGUAGAAGACGCCUUCAUGUGUAUAACCAAGAACGCAAUGAAGAGUGGUGAAGAGGAAGAAAUGUACAUGCCUGACACAAUUGAUGUCGGAACCAGCAAUUCACAGAGGUCAACAGGAUGUGAAUGCUAAAAGGAUUUUUCACCACCAACCUCAUUCUAUCAUGUUUUUUUACCAUAUUGUAAAGCUGUUGUUUUGUGAUGAACUUUUUUUUUUUUAAAUAGAAUCAUAUAAUUAAUAAAUAAACAACCGAAUUGGAUUGGUCGGUGUUUGUGGCCGUAUAUUAUGGAUCUCUUUUUUUCCUACAUUAAACAUUAUUGUUGUCCUGUCCAUUACAUUAUUUUUCUUUUUUGAAAUUGUUGUCCAUUACUUUUAUGAAAAGACUUAAUGGUUUCUUUUUCUUUCUGUUUUCCUUACUUUUUGUUUAUCUUUAAGGAUGACUUUAUCUAUAAUUGA